AUGGCCAAUCUAUAUCUGAUGCAAGCCUUGUACGCCCCGAAGCCGCCGCAGUCUACCCCUAGUCCUGGUGUUUCUGCGCUCGACGACAGCGCGCAGCCACGACAGAGUCAGUCUGCAACGCCCGAGCAGGCAAUACAUGGUGAGCGCCUCAGGAUGAUGAAACGUGAAGAACCGCCCGAGCCCGACUCGCAAGUCACUGAGCGCUGGAAACCGACCGGCGCCAACGUCCAGCCAGUCCGUAUCAAAAGCGAACCCUCGCACUCCGACGCUGCGGACAGGUUUCUACAAUCGCUUCCGUCCUUUCCCAGCAGCAUCGCUGUCACGCCUUCUUCGCCCUCAUCGAUGUCAUUGCCUGAUGGCCUCACGUACCCAGUUGAGCGAUACCUACCCCCAGCGGGAUCAUACUACGACCAGAACGCUCUCCUCCACGUCUUUGGCCCGAUCUUCUUCAAAUACAAACCCUGCAUGAUCUGUUGGACCUGUCACCCCGCCGCAGGCUAUUCAACCACGUCUUGCGGGAAGGUAUGCAAGGUCUGCGGAACCCGCCGCCACCCCGACGAGGAGAUUCCAUGCGGUCCAGAAACCGUUCGAGAUCGACAAAUUCGUCCCGACAAACAAGAGCUCGCUGUCCUCUCUUAUAUCGGUGUCAUGUAUCUUGCACGCGGUCCAAACAACACUGUUCUUGUAAACCCAAUGCAUCCGAUCGUCCAGGACUUCUACAAAGAUAAGCCAAGGUCGAAGGCAAUGAUGCGGAAGAUAUAUGAGGCGGACCCGAGGCAUCGCUCGACGUCCAUUCCAUCGCGCAGUGGACCAAAGCUCGUGGCGAACGCCCCUCAGCAGCAACCGCUUCCGCCGCCGAUGGGCCCAUACACCAUGCCGAUAAGAUCCGUGGACAACAGCCUCGACCCGCGUCUCCAGGGUCGCUCCUCCCAUGGCGCGCCUGUCGGAUUGACACUUUCGCAGCCUGAAACCGCCAGCAGCAACAGCGAGACCCCGACUGACCCAGAAGACAUCGAAAAGAAGCUUCAGGACCAGGAGGUCGAGAAUCUGAACUUGAGAAUGCAGGCAGUUGUGAAGGAUCGUGAGAUUCGGAAGCUGAGGGCGGAGCUUGAGCAACUGCGCGCUCAAUCUGCUAACACUGGUGGCGCAUACUAG